CUGCCACUCGAGGAUCUCAAGAACGCAGCCAAGGAAUUGAUCGACGCACUUCAUCUCCGCGAGGAGUACAUGGAACUGGUGGGGAAUAAAUUUCCUGUCACCACGAAGCGUUUUCUUUCCGGUUAUUAUCCACAGAAUUUACCAAGAAGUCGCCGCAAAAAUACUGAAAUGAGUCAGUUUGCUGUUCACUUUCUUAACUUAUCAGUAAUCGAUCGAGAAUUUCAAUAUACUGCAAAAUCAAUAUGCCUGCUAGACCCCAAUAAUUCUAAGUACGGUGUUAUCAGUCAGAAAGCCGCGCAAACUUCGUUCAAUCCACCCGAACCACCAGAGGAUCACUGGGGACUGCAUACUCCAUUGCCAAAAUACAAAACCAUUUAUGAACUGAAGCGAAGAAAUGGCGUUGUGGAAAUACUGAACGAGAAAGGAGAAAUUGCUGAGAAGUUUGCGAGAUAUUACAUCCCCAGAGAGAAGUACUUACGCGAUACAGAUCGCCUCACGGAUAUGGUUGCUAAUGGACCGUUGAAAAGCUUUUGCUUCCGGCGACUCAGUUUUUUGCAGAAUAAGUUCCAGCUACAUACUCUUUUGAAUGAACUGCUUGAACUUCACGAACAAAAGUCUGUUCCGCACAGGGACUUUUACAAUAUUAGAAAGGUUGACACUCACAUCCACGCUGCAAGUUCAAUGAAUCAGAAACAUCUGCUGCGAUUCAUAAAGAAAAAGAUGAAAACUGAAAAGGAUACAGUAGUUUUGGAGAAGAACGGUAAAAGGAUCACUUUGGCGGAAGUAUUCCAAGGAUUAGGUAUUAACGCCUAUGAUUUAUCAGUGGACAUGUUGGAUGUGCAUGCAGAUCGCAACACUUUUCAUCGUUUUGACAAAUUCAACACCAAGUACAAUCCGGUUGGAGAGAGUACUCUCAGAGAGAUCUUCAUCAAGACCAACAAUUUCGUAGGUGGGAAAUAUUUCGCUGAAGUACUGAAAGAGGUGCUGUCGGACUUGGAGGACAGUAAGUAUCAGCAUGCUGAACCACGUCUGUCAAUUUAUGGUCAUAGUCGCGGCGAAUGGGACGCACUGGCCAAAUGGGCUAUCUCGAAUGAUGUUUAUUCUGCGAACUCUCGAUAUCUCAUCCAAGUACCACGACUUUAUGAUGUUUAUCGGUCGAGAAAUAUGGUGAAAAGCUUCGACGAAUUUCUGGACAAUGUGUUCACACCACUGUUUGAAGUGAGCAAUGAUCCUGAAACGCAUCCUGACUUGUUCAGAUUCCUUCAGCAAAUCUCUGGUUUCGAUUCAGUCGACGACGAAAGUAAACAUGAACAUGUAAAUUUCGACCGUUCGACACCAUCUCCGGAUCGGUAUACCGAUCCAGAGAAUCCACCGUAUAAAUAUUAUCUGUAUUAUAUGUAUGCGAAUUUGACAGCUUUGAACUCAUUGCGGAGAGAGCGAGGUCUGAACACAUUUUCGCUGCGACCUCAUUGUGGUGAAGCAGGUCAUGUGAAUCAUUUAAUUGCGGGUUAUCUUCUCAGUGAGAGUAUUGCACAUGGACUUUUAUUGCGCAAAGUUCCCGUUCUUCAAUAUCUCUUCUAUUUAACUCAAAUUGGAAUUGCGAUGUCACCGCUCAGCAAUAAUUCCCUAUUCAUCAGCUACUAUCGUAAUCCAUUACCCGAUUUUCAUAUGAAAGGUCUCAAUGUAUCACUUUCCACCGACGAUCCAUUGCAGUUCCAUUUCACUAAGGAGGCAUUAAUGGAAGAGUACAGUAUCGCGGCACAAGUUUGGAAGUUGAGCAGUUGUGAUAUGUGUGAAUUGGCAAGGAAUAGUGUGCUGCAGAGUGGAUUCGAAGAUAAGGUGAAGAUUCAUUGGUUGGGGCCGAACUACAGAGAGGAAGGAGUGCUCGGCAAUGACGUAUCACGAACAAAUGUACCUGAUAUUCGCGUUUCGUUUAGACAUGAAGCACUCGUCGAUGAACUCUGCAAUUUGUUCCGAACAAAGAAUUUCCAUUAG